CGCUCUGAGAGCUGAAUGUCCGGGCUGCGGGCGCUGCUGGGGCUCGGGCUGCUGGUUGCGGGCCCGCGCCUAUCGCUCCUCAGAGUCCAGGCCGGCGCCUGUCGCGCGGGAACCACCUGGUGGGGGCCGCAGCGGCUGAUCUCGGGUGGCCGCGGGGACUCAGAGGUCAUGGCGAGCUCAGCAGUGAAGUACCUGAGCCAGGAGGAGGCCCAGGCCGUGGACCAGGAGCUGUUUAACGAGUACCAGUUCAGCGUGGAUCAACUUAUGGAGCUGGCCGGGCUGAGCUGUGCCACAGCCAUUGCCAAGGCAUAUCCCCCCACGUCCUUGUCCAGGAGCCCCCCUACUGUCCUGGUCAUCUGUGGCCCCGGGAAUAACGGAGGAGAUGGCCUGGUCUGUGCUCGACACCUCAAACUCUUUGGCUACCAGCCAACCAUCUAUUAUCCUAAAAGGCCUAACAAGCCACUCUUCACUGCACUGGUGACCCAGUGCCAGAAAAUGGACAUCCCUUUCCUUGGUGAAAUGCCCCCAGAGCCCACGCUGAUUGAUGAACUAUACGAGCUGGUGGUGGAUGCCAUCUUUGGCUUCAGCUUCAAGGGUGAUGUUCGGGAGCCAUUCCGCAGCAUCCUGAGUGUCCUGAAUGGACUCACUGUGCCCAUUGCCAGCAUCGACAUUCCCUCAGGAUGGGAUGUGGAGAAGGGAAACUCUGGAGGGAUCCAGCCAGACUUGCUCAUCUCCCUGACAGCACCCAAAAAGUCUGCAAGCCAGUUUACUGGUCGCUACCACUACCUGGGGGGUCGUUUCGUGCCUCCUGCUCUGGAAAAGAAGUACCAGCUGAACCUGCCACCCUACCCUGACACCGAGUGUGUCUAUCGUCUGCAGUGAGGGAAGGCGGGCGGGCAUUCUUCCCAAUAGAUUUAGUUCCUCUCUCCCAGAACUGUGGAGUCCUGGGAGCUCUUCUGGCAAUAAAGGUUAAGAGAUGGCAGGAGCCAGAGAGCAACACUGGAGAUGUGGUGCCCUCUCUCUGGGGGAACAAUAUGCAAGAGGGGUUGCUAUGACAUUUGGGGGCAAUGACAAUUCACUUUCAGAUGCUAAAAAAGGCUCCCAAGUGAGGUGUGCUGUCCUUUACACACACAUAAUUCUUAUCAGGGAUGCAGACAGGGAGCUGGGUGAGGUUCUCUGAACUUUCUCAUUCCACUUACCAGCACAGCCAGACUACAGGAAGUUAACAGAAGGAAUUUCUUCAGAGGCCUCCAAGGAAACUAACUUGUAUUCAGGACCUUCUCAGGCUGAGAAUGGAGAUGAUGGUCAGGACUUAUAUAUAGGCUUGGAGACCAAGCUGAUGUUUAUUCAAUUUGGUAUAGUUAGAAACUGGCAACCUAUGGGCUGAAUUUGCAUGUCUUUCUUAGCCUUCACAAAAUUAAAAAAUCAGUACAUUUUCCAUAGGUCUACAUUUUCAACUUCUUUUAGCCAAGAUGCCCCUUCAGAGGCUGUCUGCAUUCCCGUUCCCAUAGCCCCCAGCAUCCUUGUCCCUUAGCUGCCCGGGCCUUGCAGGUGCUUGAGUUCAGCCUCUCUGGGUUAGAUGCUGUAAGGGGGAAUGUGCCUGCUCCCUCAAGUCAGACACGGCACUACCGCUCUCCUCUCAGCGGACUACUGUUCCAGAGCUGUUUCCUCCUUGGGAGGGACUCCUCACUGAGAGGGUACACAAGACCUGCAAGACCUGCACCAACUCAGGUCCCUGAGGCUUCAGCUCCUGAAGAGGAAUCGAUCGGGCUGCAUCUUGACCUGGCCUUCAGUUUCUCUUCUUCUGUUUCUUCUUUUUUGCUCUCUGGUCAGUGUGGACUCCAGGUCUUUCCUCCUCUGAUUGCUUCUGCCUCUUCUUACCUUUGCCACUUGAGCCCGUGUAUGCCUUGCUCUCUGCUGUCCUAGCCCUGCCACCUUCCUCCUCUCCUUCAUCCCCUACAUGCAAGACGUCCUCCUCCUCCUGAUGCCGCUGUCUUUUCUUCUUGCUUCUCCUACUUUUCCGAUCACUGCAUGAUCUGCUUUCUGCUUCUCUGGUCCCACCAUCUACAACAGCCUCCUCCAUGUUCAAGUCUUCUUCCUCACGCUGCCUCCUCUUCUUCUUCCUUUUCCUGAGGGACUGAUCAGUUUGUUCUCUGUUUUUCAAUUCCCCAAGCCCACUUGUUCCUGUGGUCUCUUCCUCCUCACGCCUUACAGCUGUUCCCUCUCUCGCAUCUGUGACACUUUCUUCUUGAUGCCGCCUUUUCUUCUUCUUGCUUUUCCUGACACUCUGGUCAGUGUGUUCUGGGUACUCUUCUGCAUUCCUUUCAGUUGCCGUGGCCUCUUCCUCCUCUUCCUGCUUCCUUUUCUUUUUCUUUUUUUGUGGGGGCUUGCUCUCAGACUGCAGUUGAGGGACCCCAGGGUCCUGGCCUUUGAGACGAGCCAGGAAGGCCUGCUCCUGGGCCUCUAACCGAGCAAGCUUAGCCUUCAUCGUGAUCCCAAGACGGGCAGCCCUGAAAUAGAUGGGGCCCAAGUCAGAGGGAGGGUAUUGGGGAAAAUAGGCCUAAUCUCUGAGACUGCAGGGAAAGUUCAUAAGGGAGGAGCUGCUUGUCUUCAGGCAGCUUCAGAAAUGGGCAGAGAAUAGGAAUCACUUUCUCUGGGGUGAAAAGAGUGGCACAGGGGUGGGCUUGUGAUGGGGAGAAAAGAAGGGAGCCCAAGAAGCUAACCGCUACUUACUUGUGUGCUGUUCGCCCCUCACAGGCUUGGAGCAUCAUCUCAUCAGUCAGACUGUUGGGGAAGGGCAGGAAUCAGGAGUUACAAACAGAUCUGGUGGAAAGGCUUGACCUCUCCUCCCCUCUAAAACAUUCCUUCAGCACUGAGUCCCUAUUCAGGACCUGGCACUUUUCUAGGUGUAGGGGACACAAAGAUGAGCACAACACAUUUCCACCCUGAUGAAGCCCACAGUCAAGCAUUACACUUGGUCCUUUCUUUUGAGAUUGGAAGGCAUCUCCUCCCACAUGCCCCUGGCACUAAAAAGAAGUCUCACAUCUUUGGAGGCUUGGACCCCUGGCUGUCGUCAUCACUGCAGCUUUCCAAGUCCUUGUCUGGCUUCU